AUGACUACUCUAAUGAAGAAAGACAAGAAGUUUGAGUGGGAUGAUAAGUGUGAAGAAACAUUCCAACUCUUGAAACAGAAGCUGGUUACAGCACCAAUGCUAACACUUCAAGACGAUAGUGGUAUCUAUGAUGUGUAUAGUGAUGCAUCAAAGAAUGGUUUAAGACGUGUGCUAUGCAAAAUGGAAAGAAUUUACACAGACUAUAAGAGCUUGAAGUACCUUUUCACUCAAAAGGAUUUGAACUCUCAAAAAAGGAGAUGGUUAGAGUAUACGACGGAUUAUGACUUAGGCAUACAGUAUCAUGAAGGGAAAACAAAUGUAGUUGCAGAUGCUCUAAUUCGUAAGACCAGUCAUGGAUUGAAUACCUUGAUAUUGGCUGAUGAGUUAUGA